AUGGGUGUUUUCCAACAGGCUGUGGAGCCUCUCCACGAGGCCUUCCAACAGCUGGGAACCUACUCCCAGGUCGGAGUGGUGUUUGCUAGCAUCGUCGUUGUCUCCGUUGUCCUCAACGUCGUGAAGCAGGUGCUCUUCAAAAAUCCCAAUGAACCUCCAGUAGUCUUCCAUCUGUUCCCGUUCUUCGGAAGCACCGUCGAAUACGGAAUUGAUCCUCCCCGGUUCUUUAAGAAGAUGCGAGCGAAGCAUGGCGAUGUUUUCACCUUCAUUCUCCUCGGCAAGAAGACGACCGUAUGCGUCGGCCCCAAGGGCAACGACUUCAUUCUCAACGGCAAACUUCGCGACGUGAGCGCCGAAGAGAUCUACACCGUCCUUACCACUCCUGUUUUCGGCAAGGAUGUUGUCUACGACUGCCCCAAUGCCAAGCUCAUGGAACAGAAGAAGUUCAUGAAAGCCUCUCUCACCACCGAGGCCUUCCGCAGCUACACCCCCAUCAUCAGCGAUGAGGUCCAGUCCUACUUCAAGAGAAACCCGCUUUUCAAGGGCAAGUCGGGCGUCAUGAACGUCGCCACUGUCAUGGCCCAGCUUACCAUCUUCACCGCUUCGCACAGUCUCCAGGGCAAGGAAAUCCGUGAUCAGUUCGACGAAUCUCUCGCUGACCUCUACCACGACCUCGACAUGGGCUUCACGCCGAUCAACUUCAUCCUUCACUGGGCUCCUCUCCCCUGGAACAAGAGACGCGAUCGCGCCCAGCGAACCGUUGCUAAGAUCUACAUGGACACUGUCAAGAGGCGAAGGAAGGAGGGUCGCACCGAAGGCCUCGAUGUCAUGAGCCGCCUGAUGACCGCCACUUACAAGAAUGGUGUUGACGUCCCCGACCACGAGAUUGCCCACAUGAUGAUUGCCCUUCUGAUGGCUGGACAGCACUCCUCGUCUUCUACCAGUGCCUGGAUCAUGCUUCGCCUUGCCCAGAACCCUCACAUUAUGGAAGAGCUUUACGAGGAGCAAGUUCGCGUCCUAGGUGCUGACCUGCCGCCGAUCAAGUACGAGGACUUGGCGAAGCUCCCUCUCAGCCAGGCCAUCAUCAAGGAGACGCUCCGCAUGCACGCCCCUAUCCACUCCAUCAUGAGGGCCGUCAAGAGCCCCAUGCCCGUACCUGGAACUAAAUACGUCAUCCCAACGAGCCACACUCUUCUCUCUGCCCCCGGUGUUUCCGGCAACGACCCCCAGUACUUCCCCAACCCCGAGGUCUGGGAUCCGCACCGAUGGGAGAAGGACUCGCCCAACGCGCCCACGAUCCUUCGCCAAGAGAUUGAUGAGGACGAGGAAAAGAUCGCCUACGGCUACGGUCUCGUUAGCAAGGGCGCGGCAUCCCCCUACCUUCCCUUCGGCGCUGGUAGGCAUCGAUGCAUUGGCGAGCACUUCGCCAACCUCCAGCUCCAGACUAUUAUCGCCAACAUGGUUAGGCUGUUCAAGUUCAGGAAUGUCGACGGCAGCAAUAACAUUACUGGCACGGAUUACCAGUCUCUCUUCUCGCGUCCCCUCGAGCCCAGCAACAUUUACUGGGAGCGACGCGACCAGGCGUAA